AUGUUCAUUCCUGGCCAGCUGGAUCAGAGAGAAGAGAGUCUUCUUGAUGCUAUGGUUGCCACUUUAAAGGAUAUAACCGAACCUGAACAGUAUGGAAUGAUAAAGUCAACUCAGCAACAACUAUACGAUCUGUACGAAACAGUUAUCCUGACGGAAAUAAAAGGUUUUACAAUGUCAACUUACUCAUAUGCAACUUUCGAAAAUGAAGUUUACAAAUUACGAGAUCAGCUCGUACUAAUAUCCAGCCAAUACUUAUCAUCCAUCGAUCAAGCGCUGGUGGGUCUUCCUAAGGACUUUUUUAAUUGCGAUCCACCUAAACAUGUCAAUGGCGAAACGUAUGUCGCCUUGAGAGGAAAUAUGAUUAAAACCAUCAGCUUGAGACCCCAAAUUGCCGAUAUUAAGAACAAUAUGUAUCAACAGCAACAUUUGAGGUUAAGUUUCGUUUUAUUUGAUUAUUAA